AACGUGUCAUUCCUCCGCCUGCUUAUCGGGAUGUCAUGACUUCCCCAAACGCUGCUUCAUCUGACGGCGCUCCGACCCCCACUGCGGGGGAGUGGUACGGUCCCUUUGCAGGGUGGGGGAGCCGGAUGGCAGAGCAGCACAGAUUCCGUCUACGGCGGAGCAGGGUAUGGGAAACGGGCGAGAAGCAUGACUCCUGACCGCCCUGUGAUGGUUUCCACCCGGAGGGAAUAAAGUGACCGCCUCCGGAUCGGAGGAGCUUCAUCCCGGAGCAGCGAGCUCAGGAAGUCUGGAUUUGGUUUCUUUUGUUUCCCUGAAGGCAGCUCUGCAGUUUCUGCGUGGAUUAACGUGCUGAUGAUUACCUCAGAUCGUGACUUUGUUUGAUGUUCGGCUGAUUUUUGAAAACUGCGGCGGAGUUUGGGGCUCGGCUCAUCCCAGCAGACUCUGCUGGGCUUCCACACCCAGGAACUGGACUAUCGCGAGCGGCAGACUGUUUUUUUCACGAGGUUCGUGACCGUGGAAGCGAGGGGAACUCUUUCCACGCUGGUAGCAACAACUUUCAUCGGAUUGGGUUUUGUUUACAUGGGUUUAUGCAAGCGUCGCUCACAGAGAACAUCCGGGGAGCGCUUCAGCAGCGGGGUUUGUGCUCCCGGCGCAGGGUUUGAAUGUGUGAAUGAAAGCUAAGUGAGUGGACACCCACCCACACACCCACACGGAGCUUCGUGGAUUCAUUUGGGUCUUCGGAUUAAUCCAAGCAAGCAGUCUCCCAGAAAGUCCCAGUAUCAGAGCUAUUUUUAGUGUUAGGGAUGGGGUAAAAGCAGGCAGCAGGAAAUCUGACUCCCCCCUUACCCUUUUCUUUUCCAAAAGCUAUUGCACUUGCCCACUCAGCCCGUUUGGCAAAAUGCAGGGCAAGCCUGGAUAGCACCAACACAACCUAGAGCUAAAGAACCUAGAAUCUUCAAAGAGGAGUAAAAAAAGAUUGAUCCCAUCUGGUCUUUUUUUCAUUUUUUUUCUGGAAACCAUACUGACCAUGUAGCCUUAGAAAUUCAAAGGAUCUUCUCCUUUAGGCUCAGUGGACUCAGUAAACCUGCUCUGGAUUGGGAAUCUACCCUGGACUGAGUGAACAUAUCAGCAACUAGAAUCUAUGCCUUUAUUUAUUGUUUGGUCAAACUUUUACCACCCUAAAAAGGUUGCUUUUUUAUUCUUUUGACUAUCUAAAAGAUAAGACACCAGCGACAUGGAAGCUCCCACCCACAGACAGAAUGCAUGAAACUGCCAAGUUCACCACAAAAAGCUAAACUUACAAGCCAAAUAUUUUAUUUCCCUAUAGUUCCCAAAUCCACAGAGAAACAAUAUAUAUGUAGAGUGAGAGAUCUAUAUCUAUAGUGUAAAUCCACAUAAAACAGAGAUUACAUCUUUUAUAUUUUUACUUCAGAGAGACAAGCUGCCUGUACACCUGUUGGUUGCCUUAGAAAGACGUCACACACAAACUGGGAGAGGGAGAAAGAGAAGAAGGUGCCUUUGGACUGGUCGGAUCGUUUCCCACCGUUUCAGACUUGAAAUGUUUAGUUGGAUGUAAAGUGUUGAAGUGAACUCUGGGCUUGGAAACCUUCCUCCACCCCACACCCCCCACAAGCUCUGCCCCUCCGUCAGAGCAUUUCCAUUGACACUAUUUCUCAUCUGGACCGAACCUUUGCCAAGCUCUCCCAUGGUUGUCACGUCAUCAUCAGUGGACGACAAGACUGUACCUUCUUGCAGGAUGGUCCAAUCGGAGCCUUGGAUCACUUCAGCUCUGCUUCGUAAAAACAAAAGUGCAAGCAGCUCAGGAUGUCCACCCACCUCCUCCUCCUCCUCCUCCACCUCCUCCUCCUCCUCCACUGCCCAGGGCUUCUCCCUCGCUGAGCCAGCCAUGACCAGCCAGCACACACACACACACCCCUCCUUCAGCUCCAUCCACUCCAUGGCCGAGCAGCAGCAGGUGCUGUCUGAUAUGACCAUACUCCAGCGGAGGAUCCCCCCUAGUUUCAGAGACCCUGCCAGCGCCCCAUUGAGGAAACUCUCAGUUGACCUUAUCAAAACUUACAAGCACAUCAAUGAGGUAUACUAUACGAAGAAGAAGCGGCGGGCCCAGCAAGUCCCUCCUGAGGAUAGCAGCACGAAAAAGGAGAAAAAAGUUUACAAUGACGGCUAUGAUGACGACAAUUACGAUUACAUAGUGAAAAACGGAGAGAAGUGGCUGGACCGCUAUGAGAUCGACUCACUGAUUGGGAAGGGCUCCUUUGGACAGGUAGUGAAGGCCUACGACCACCACGAGCAGGAGUGGGUCGCCAUUAAAAUCAUCAAGAACAAGAAGGCAUUUCUAAACCAGGCACAGAUUGAACUACGCCUGCUGGAGCUCAUGAACAAGCAUGACACGGAGAUGAAAUAUUACAUUGUCCACCUGAAGCGUCACUUUAUGUUUAGGAACCAUCUGUGUUUGGUGUUUGAGUUGUUGAGCUACAACCUGUAUGAUCUCCUGCGGAACACCAACUUCAGAGGAGUUUCUCUCAACCUCACCAGGAAAUUUGCACAGCAGCUCUGCACAGCAUUAGUGGGGCUGAGUUUAGAUGCUCUAUCUAUUAUUGUUUGUAUUGAAAACUGGAUAAAGCGGCCGGCCUCCUUCACUGUGGGCUUUUCCAACCAUCCGUCUCCAUCUGUCUCUUCUCCCCAGAUCUAUCAGUACAUACAGAGCAGGUUUUACCGCUCUCCUGAGGUCCUUCUGGGAAUGCCGUAUGACCUGGCUAUCGACAUGUGGUCUCUGGGAUGCAUCCUGGUAGAGAUGCACACAGGAGAGCCUCUCUUCAGCGGCUCCAACGAGGUCGACCAGAUGAACAAGAUUGUGGAGGUCUUGGGGGUCCCACCCAGCCACAUGCUGGAUGCAGCUCCUAAAGCCAGGAAGUACUUUGACAAGCUGUCAGAUGGCUUAUGGACCGUGAAGAAGAACAAGGAUGUCAAGAAGGAAUAUAAACCUCCAGCUACACGUCGUCUUCAUGAGAUUUUAGGUGUAGAGACUGGAGGCCCAGGAGGGCGGAGGGCAGGAGAGCCAGGACACGCCCCCUGCGACUACCUGAAGUUUAAAGAUCUGAUCUUGCGCAUGCUGGACUACGACCCUAAAAGCCGAAUUACGCCAUUUUACGCCCUGCAGCACAAUUUCUUCAAGAAAACGACAGAUGAAGGAACCAACACGAGCUCAUCUACAUCCACCUCUCCUGCCAUGGACCACUCGCAUUCAACCUCCACUACUAGCUCUGUUUCUAGCUCUGGUGGCUCCAGUGGUUCUUCCAAUGACAACCGUAACUACCGUUACAGCAACCGCUACUACAACUCUGCUGUCACCCACUCAGACUAUGAGAUGACCAGUCCUCAGGCUCCCUCCCAGCAGCAGAUGAGGAUGUGGCCCGGCAGUGAUGGUGGAAGUGGGGGUCAGGACCCAGCAUACACCCAGUUGCUGCUCCACAAACCAGCUGCCACCCAACAACACCAGCGCCACUUUUUGGACCCUCCCCACCACCCGCACCCGACUUACUCUCACCACGGAAACGGUGGGCGGGGACUACGGCAGGGCGGACAGACAGGCAUGGGUGGAGGCGGGGGUCAGCAGGGAUCCUCUCCCCAGAUGAGUGACAGCAUGGAUGUGGGCGUGUCCCUAGGGCUGCACCACCUGGGGGCGGUGUCUUCCAUGGAGGCCUCUCAGUUUGGCUCUGCAUCUCUGCCCCUCGCUCUGCCAAUCGGACUGUCUGCCUUCCGGACUCGGACGGCCCCCACCGCCCCAGGGCCUCAAGCCCCGCCCUCAGAGGACUACUACCCUGCCUCCAACAACAAUAACCCUGCUGCAGGGGGCAGAGGGAGGCCGGACUCAGACGAAGGGCCGGCCAACUCUUGAUAAAACCUGAACCAUGCCCUAAAGCCAUACAAUUUUAACUACAACUACUACAAAUACACACAUACAGCCAGAGUUCAGAGACAAACAGGUGAAUUUUGAGCUGGAGGAGAUGAUUUCUUCUGCAUGAGAGGAGGAGAAAGGAGGAGAAGGAUGCUGGGAAUACUUUUCCUUUUAUCCUGCUUUGUUUGUUGUUCUUACGGCUGUAAUUUGUAAGGAAUGAUUGAUAAGUGUGUUUUAACAGAUAUUCUUGAUUAAUAUUAUUUGAAUUUUCUAAGGUUUGAGGAGUUUUGUGUUGUUUUUUUUUCUUGUUUAAGUCGGGAUGAAGGGGGCCUUGUUUUCCCACUCUCCUCCAUACUGGAGCAUUGUUCAACAAACAAACAAUUGUUUUUUAACGUUAUAAGAUUUAGAUUUCCAUCCCCGUCUAUCAGCAGACUUAACGCACACACACAUCUGUUUCUUUCAUCUGCAAAACGCCCCACCUGGAUAUAACAGUCAUCAUUUCUUUAUGAAACACC